AUGAAUUGGAUUUAAUCUAAAUAAAUGUCAAAUUUAAAGAUUUUUUAUACAGGAAUUAAUUGUUUCUAUUAAAGAGGAGAUAUAAUAUUUGAUUAUUUACCUCCCCUCAAUUCAUAAUAUGAUGAUAGAGUCGAAUAUUUUAGAAUGGAUAAAGAAUAAAUAUGUGAUGGAAGCUUUAUUGAAAGAUGUUAAUUCAAAGAUUAAAUAUAUUCUCUUAAAUAUAAAUAUCACUUUUUUCAAUUUUAUGAAUCAACUAAAGAAAUUCAUAGAAAAUAUGAUGAUAAUAUUAUGAUUUAACAAAUAGUAUUUUAUAAAGUAGAAAAAUCAAAAACAAUCUUAAUCAUUAAUUAACAUCUAAAAUCAUAACCAAAUUAUACUUUUUUUUAAGUUUUUACAAGAAUGCAUUAUAAAUUAUUCCAGUUUGGUAUUAACAUAUUUAUUUGAAAAAUAAUCAAUUUAAUCGGAACUAUGUUUAGAUGAAGAUGAAGAAGAAUUAAAUAAAUAUUUAUGUAAUUAUAUUGACACAUGUGAUUUUUAACCUAAAGAAACUGAUGAAAAAUAUGUUAAUGAACAUUAUCGGUAUGAUAUAAACUACAUUAAGAAGAUUAAGAUAUAUAUUAUAAAUUAUUUUAAAAAGUAUGUGAAUGCAAACUCUCUAGUAAAAUUUUAAUAAGAUGGCUUAUUGCAAGAGGGUGUAAUUAUAGCAUUUUGUAAUUUUAAAUUUGAUAUUGAUGCUUCAUAUGCUGCUAUUAUGAAUUGGAUUGUAUAAUAUAAUAUACUUAUUUAUUUAUUUUAGAAAUGGAUAAGAUAACAUAGAAUAAAUCGUUUAUCUGCAAAAUAAUUUCCAGAAUUUAAUGGAAUUUUAGAAAUUGUGGGGGAAAGUAAAUGUGGCAGAUAAGUUGUUUACAUAAAAUAAUCUAAAUUGUAACCUGAUAAAAUGUAUUAAUUCAUUUAAUAUAUUUAGAGAUCUCGAGAGAUAUAAAUGGUAUUUCCUUGGUUUUCUAGAGGAUGUUUGUAGAUCUUUGAAAAGGAUUUGUUGAUUCCUAUAUUACAAUCUUGGAUGUUGAUGAAUUUGGUUUCUCUAAUUUUGAUUUUUAAAUGACUAAAAGUCUUCUUAACAUGGUGCUACAGUUUUUUCCAGAAAGACAAAAUAAGGUGUUCGUCAUUAAUAUGUCUGGGUUUGUAAUGGAAUUUUAUAAAAUGUUAAAACCUUUCUUGCCUACUUGAAAAAAUGAUAAAGUAAAUUAUAAAAUUCAUUUAAGCUUAUCUUUUUGGGAAAAAACAGAUAAGAAAUAUAAAAGACAUUAAUUGAACAUCUUGGAUUUAGUAUAAACUUUGAAUGAUAUCAUAUUAUUUUAUUAAGAGGAAUAAAUAAUUUAAUUUUGA